CCUCGGCUACCGUCGGCUGUCGUGGCGCACGUGUGCAUCCACAUGACGCGGUCUCUUGUCAAGUUUAUGGCGCAUCAAGUCGAACAAAGUGAUAACAAAGCUAGACAGUAAAGUCAGUUUUUCCAGUCAGAUUUCGCAGUGUCCACCUGAACAUCGUCGAUCAGCGGUGAACACAUUCGUCGUGGAUCGUGGAUCAAAGACAGCCGAAGAGCACUGUCACUGCUGUCAUACUGUAUGAGUAAACAUGGCGGAGAAUAAUGACGUGGGCUCAAACUUCGAAGAAAAGGGACCAUAUUUCUGGCGGUCCGGAAAAACGUUAAAAGUGCCUAUGACACUCUUUGCAAACAAUCGCAAGCGACUCGUCGAGCGACUUGUCGAACGAAUUGAAGAGAGCGAUAUUUCUCUCUCCGAGACUUUCGUCCUUUUGCAGGGUGGCGAAGAAAUUCCUUUUAAUGACACGGACGUAUCUUGGCCCUUUCGACAGGAAUCGUUCUUUCAAUGGUGUUUCGGAGUGGAAGAACCAGGAUGUUACGGCGGGAUCAACCUGGCAACCGGUGACGCGAUCCUGUUCGUGCCGAAUUUACCGCCUUCGUACGCGAUUUGGCAGGGCACACCGCCCACCUUGAAAGAUAUCGAAACGCGGUACGCCGUGAAGGAAGCUAAGUACAUCACGGAUAUCCAUAAAGUGCUGAAGGAAAAGGGAGCGAAACUCUUGCUCACGUUGCACGGCCAAAACAGCGACAGCGGCUUGUGGACGCGUGAAACAGUCUUCGAGGGUAUUGACGAUUUCCAAGUAAACAAAGACAUUUUGUAUCCGGAAAUAUGUGAGUGCCGAGUGAUAAAGUCUCCGGAGGAAAUUGAAGUAUUACGAUACGUGAUCAAGAUAAGUUGUGACGCGCACAAGUACGUGAUGCGCUCCGUGAAUCCUGGGAUUCCAGAAUAUAGAGCGGAGUCUUGGUUUUUGGAUUAUGUGUACAGAGAGGGAGGAUGCCGACACGUGUCUUACACAUGCAUCUGCGGAUCCGGACACAACGCCUCUAUACUGCAUUACGGUCACGCCGGUGCGCCGAAUAACAAAGUUAUAAAGCCUAAUGAUUUAUGCUUAUUCGAUAUGGGUGCCAACUAUUGCGGAUACGCGGCCGACAUCACGUGCACCUUCCCGGCCAAUGGUGUAUUCGACGAUCUUCAGACGACAAUCUACGAGGCUGUGCUGGAGGCGCGCAAUGCGGUAUUCUCAAAGGCAAAACCAGACGUUGCCUGGACAGAUUUGCAUCUUCUAGCUAACUUUACAUUACUGACAGAAUUAAAGCAAGGAGGACUAUUGACUGGCAGUGUCGAAGAAAUGAUGGCAGUAAAUCUGGCCGCUGUAUUUCAACCUCACGGUUUGGGCCAUUUGUUGGGGUUGGAUGUACACGAUGUCGGUGGAUAUUUAUCGGGUCAUCCCGAACGUCGUACUGAACCGGGAUUGAAGAAUCUGAGAACUGCACGGAAAUUGAAACCUGGAAUGGUUCUUACUGUGGAACCAGGCUGUUAUUUCAUAGAUUCCUUACUGCAAGAAGCUAUGGAGAAUCCUGCACUUUCAAAGUUUCUCGUGAGAGAUGAAAUAAACAUGUAUCGCGGUUUUGGUGUUAGGAUAGAGGACGAUGUUCUCGUAACGGAAACUGGGAUUGAAAAUUUAAGCGCGGAUCUUCCUCGCACCAUUAACGAGAUACAAGAAUUAAUGCAGUCUAGAUACAUAGAUCAGAAUUCGGAAUAUUUCGUGUCGGAGCAGGUUUCGUUAUGUAAGGACGAAAUAUAUUACAAUAUGCGGAACAAAGGCGGGGAUCAUAGUGAAGAAACAGACGAAAGUACGUAGGGACAUGAAAAUGAUGAUGAAAUGCACAUACAAACAAACAACGGACUACGUGAAAAUUGAAUGUUUCGAUAUUGUAAUCAAACAUUCACGCAAUUGUUAUACA